UGAUAUUUUUGGGGGGUGUAGAGAAACUGGAGCCAGUACUUGAACAUUUUGUUUUGUAAAAUUGUCUGCACACUUCCAUUUUAACAAAGGAGAGAUUUUUCAAGUCAUGAAUUCAGGCGCCCUAGCCUGGGCGAUACUAUUAGGCGCCUUAGUAACACAAGUUGACGCAAGGGCACAUCGACAAAAAAGGCAAUUUGGCGGUUUCGGUGGUGGAGAUUCAAACCCAUUUGGUCCCGGAACAUCCGGUGCUUGCAAACCUUUAGCAGCUCCUACAGAUGGACAAAUAAACUGUGGGGAUUCUACGAUAUUUUACCGCUGUACAGCACAGUGUAACUCUGGGUAUCAAUUUGAUAAUGGAGACUCAACAAUACAGAAAGAUUGUGAUCCUAUGACAGGACAGUUUUUUGAUGGCCCAACAUUUCCAAAAUGCAUACCCACCUGUAGCCCAGCUUGCCAGAAUGGAGGGACGUGUGUUCAGCCCAACAUCUGCUCAUGUGCUCCUGGGUGGAGGGGAACUUUCUGUGAAAGUCCGGAUAGGAAAUGUAUCGAGCCUGCCAACCCAAGCAAUGGACAGGUCCAGUGUCAGAGCACGGCCACCACAAUGCAGUGUUCAAUUUCCUGUCAGGGGGGUUAUAAAUUUGAGUACACCCCUCCCACAGAAUAUGUCUGUCGAGACGGCACAUGGAGCCCAAGUCCUACUUUUCCUAAAUGUAUCCCAGCUGGACAAUCCACAGUUAGUCCACCCACACAGCCAACACCAGCUUUUGUGCGAGAUGCCAUGUGCGUAGCCUGGGGACAGGAUCACUACAGGACGUUUGAUGGCAAUGUUUUCUCGUAUCAAGGCCAAUGUGAAUAUGUGCUCGCCAAAGACUGCAGCGGAAACUCAUUUCAUGUUAACGUAAUCAAUGAUCGCAGCUGUACACCAAAUGCUCCCUGUCAUAGGAAUGUAGAUAUUUAUUUUGGCUCAACAAAAGUGCAAUUUAAAGCAGAGGCUUCUGGAGAAAAAGUACUUUGGGAUGGAACUGAACUUACCGUCCCUGCGAGUAAAGAACGAGCGGAAAUUAUAAAAGUCGGACACUACACCAUUCUGACACACUCAGCUCUAGGCUUCAAGGUGCGAUGGGAUGGGAGAGAAUCUGUCUUUGUCUCCAUUAAUGCCGCUCUGAAGGGUAAGAUGUGUGGUCUGUGUGGACUUAAUGACGGGGAUAGAACAAAUGACUUCAAAACCUCCUCGGGAGCCACCGUCACUAAGGCAGACACCGCCACAUUCGGCAACUCGUGGAAGGAGACUGCAGCAGGAGCUGACACCUGUCCUGACAGCACACAGAAGACAUGCACAUCAGCAGGCAGCACACAAGCACAGACAGUGUGUAGCCAUUUAACCAGUGGCAGCUUCCAGGCCUGUAACUCAAAGGUAGACCCCACCCCAUACAUAGAGGCAUGUAAGCUGGACUGCUGCAGUGGUGGAGACUCUACAACAUGUGGAUGUAAGAAUUUUGAGGCAUAUGCCCGUGCCUGUAUGGAUGCGUCACCAACACUUAGAGAUCUGAACUGGAGGACAAAUCAACUUUGUCCUGCCCCAUCCUGUCCUAACAAUCUGAUCCACAAGGAAUGUGGUAAUUGCCAACUGAAGUGUGGUGCUGGGUCUAAUGUGGCAGGCUGUAAGGAGACCACAUGUUUUGACGGCUGUUUCUGUCCCCCAGGGAUGGUUCUGGAUAAGGGUGUGUGUGUGUACCCAGAGCAGUGCCCAUGUUUACACGGAGACAAGAUGCUACCUGCAGGCUCUGUGGUACCCAAAGACUGCAACAAAUGUACAUGUAAAUCUGGAAAAUGGGAGUGCACUACUAAACGCUGUGCUGGAACCUGUGCUGCCACUGGCGAUCCCCAUUACCUCACAUUUGACGGGGUCCGCUACAACUUCAUGGGAAUCUGUAGUUACUAUAUGGUCCAGGAUAACGAUUUUGAUAUCAUUGCUAACAACAUUGCUUGUGGUCACGGACAUGCAUCUUGUACAAAAUCCAUCAGCUUCAACUAUAACCAUCAUUUCGUUACUAUGGACCACAAUCAUGUGUUGACCAUUGAUGGACAUGAUAUUACCCGGUUGCCAUACAAGGAAAAUGGAAUUCAGAUUUUCAUGGUGUCAUCAUUGUUUAUGAAGGCUGUCCUUGGAAACGGAGUUGAAAUUCUCUGGGAUGGAAGAACAAGGGCAUACAUCACCAUGCCAACAACCUUCUUCAACAACACCAAGGGCAUGUGUGGGACUUGGGAUCACAACCAGAAGAACGAGUAUCUGACGCCCCACGGUGACAUCGAACCGAACACCAAUCUUUUCGGUAAUCACUGGAAACUGCAGGCUAACUGUCGAGAUGAACCAGAGAACGCAACCACAGAUCCCUGUGUUGAUAAUGCAGUAGGAAAAGCUCAGGCUGUGAAAUACUGUGCCUACCUCAAAGGAGAUGUGUUCAAAUCCUGCCAUGCUUUAGUGGACUAUACUCCUCUAUAUGAGAAUUGUAUGUUUGAUAUGUGUGCAUGUACUGAUAAUCUAAAAGACUGUCUGUGUCCAAUGCUGGCACAGUACGCUGCGGACUGUGCUGCCUCGGGCGUUAACCUACAUUGGAGGAACAGUAUACCGGAGUGUCGUUUACCAUGUACGGGUGGACAGGAGUACAAAAACUGUCCAAAUGAGUGCGUGCGAACUUGCCACAUCAUAUCCAACAACCCAGUCUGCACCCAGGACCUGACCCGCUGUGCUGAGGGCUGCUCCUGUCCUGAGAACCAGACCCUGAACGACCACGGAAUGUGUAUCCCCAUCAGCCAGUGUCCUUGUGAGUUUGGCAGCAAGCAGUUUGCACCAGGAGUGCAAACCAAAAUGGAAAACCAAAUUUGUACCUGUGAAAAUGCCCUCUGGAACUGCACCCCGAUCACCAACACAACCAAAGUAGAGAUCCCAAAUAUUUGUAAGGAGACGGAAAUCUACACCAACUGUACCUCCCUCUGUCCUCUCACGUGUGAGAACAUUGGAGCACCACCCACCUGCCUGCCCCCUGCUGCUGAUGACUGCACCCCGGGGUGUAUAUGUAAGGAUGGAUAUGUAUGGGAUGGUAAUGAUUGUGUACCACGACUGGAGUGUCCCUGUUAUCAUGGGGGGAAGCCGUAUAAGGAGGGGGAAAAAUACUACCAGGAAUGUAAUGAAUGCACUUGCAAUGGUCAGAACUGGGUGUGCACACACAAGGAAUGCCCAGCUGUGUGUAGUGCCUUCGGUGAUAGUCAUUAUACAACAUUUGACGGCAAGCAUUAUGAGUUCCAGGGAACCUGUAGUUAUGUGUUGGCCCAGUCCACCACUGAUAACCCCAACAAAUUUGUGAUCUCCACAGAAAACAUGCCUUGUGGAAGUACCGGGGUAGCUUGCACCAAAUCCAUCCACUUCACCAUUGGGGAACCAGGGACUGCUAGUUACUUCCAACUGACCUUGAUUCGAGGAAAGUCCCCCCAAGUAGAUGCCAAUACCCCAUUCUCUAUCCAGGACACGGGGAGCUUCUUUGUCAUCAAAACUCCCACAGGAAUCACCCUCACCUGGGACAAGGGAACCCGUGUGUACCUCAAACUGGGCACCCAGCAUAGAGGGAAGGUGGAAGGACUCUGUGGUAAUUUCGAUGGUGACCAAGGAAACGACUUCACAACCCCACAGGGUGGUCCCCCAGCAGUACAGGUCACGACCUUUGCUGACAGCUGGCAGGUGAACCCGGACCUCUGUGUGCCCUCUAAGACUGUGACAGAUACUUGUAAACAGAAUCCAGAGAGAGAACAAUGGGCCAAGAGUAAAUGUAGCAUCAUUAGCAGUUCUAUUUUCCAGCCCUGCCACAGCUUGAUGCCAGACUACCUGGCCUAUCAGUCUAGGUGUAUUUUUGAUGCCUGUGCCUGUGACUCCGGAGGAGACUGUGAGUGCUUGUGUACUGCUAUUGCGGCUUUCGCACAUGAGUGUGCUGUCCAGGGCGUUCCCAUCAAGUGGAGGAAUCCCGCCCUCUGUCCUAUCCAAUGUGAGGAAUGUGAAACAUACAACCCUUGUAUUUCUUCCUGUCCCAAAAAGACAUGUAAAAACCACCUGACCUAUGAUCAGAUUACUAAGGACCUGGGUUGUAAGGAAGACACCUGCAUUGAGGGGUGUGACACCAAACCCUGUGCCCCAGGGAUGGUGUAUGACCGGGACUCUGCCCCUAUGAAGUGUAUCCCCGAGCCAUUCUGUAACACCCCAGCUUGUACCGUCAAUGGUAGACAGUACCGACUUUAUGAACAGAUCAAGGACCCUGCUGUGUGCAGGCAGGAUUGUGAAGUCUGUACCUGUGGCCCUGAUGGUAAUGUAAUGAGAAACAGUGUUUGCCAGAGUACAACUGCACCAGUGACCCGAUUUCCACCAGUGACCUACCCAACCACUACCACUGUGGCCCCAAAUGCAUAUAGUCAAGGCAUUCCAACAUUUUCGAAACAUGCUGGACAUGACGGAUAUACACCUCAUCUCAAAAAGUCUCACUGUGAGGAUGGCUGGACAAAGUGGAUGAGUUUUCACACCCCGACUGGAUCCAGCCCAGAUGAUUUAGAGAUCAAUGAGAAACUGAGAAUACAGUACUCAUACUGUGCUGACAGUCAACAGAGAGCUAUUGAGUGCCGAGUGAUUGGGACAGGGCAGGCUGCUCACCAAUCUGGACAGAAGGUGACAUGUGACCUCGGAAAAGGCCUACAUUGUAGGGCCCAAAAUAGCACAGAAGUCUGCAAUGAUUAUGAGAUUCGAUUUAUGUGUGACUGUAGCUUAUCCACCCAUGCACCCACCUCCCCCACCACUCCAAAGUCCACCACAGAAUUUUUCACUGGAAAAAUCCCUGUCACUGAUGACUUUGGUAAUCCUGUUUUACGGCCACUGACUGACCAGUUCCACAAACCAGUCACUGAUGAUUUUGGAGAGACGGUUUCUUUGGUUCCGGCAUAUAUCACCCAGGCCAGACCAACUCCUUCACCACCAACUGAUGAAUUUGGAAGACCUUUUGUUAUGUAUCCGAAGACAGACGAAUUCAAGAAUCCAAUCUUGGUUCCAAAAACAGAUAUUUACGGCAAUCCAGUUACAGAUGCCUCUGGCCACACCACAAUGAUACCAGAGUACGUGACACAGGAUAUCCCCACAGCAGCGCCACCUACUGACAGGUUUGGAAAUCCAAUUCUGUCACCUAAAACUGACGAAUUUGGAAUUCCCCUAAAGAAGCCCACUGUCACUGAUGCAUUUGGUCAACCCACUGUUUCAAACAACACCCUGACUCCUCAGCCAUACAAAUGUGUGCAGGGCUGGUCACCGUGGAUGAAUGUGGAUACUCCAAAAGGUGAAGGAGCCUCCAGUGAGAUUUAUGGUGCUGGAGAUAUUGAGAGCUUGUCUGCACUCAGGCAGAAAUACAGCUUCUGUGCUCACCCUACCUCCAUCAAAUGUCAGUCUGUUCUUGACAAAGUGCCGUACACUGUGGCUGGUGACGUGGAUGUGGUGUGUGAUGUUACUAAGGGAUUGUUGUGUGUGAACAGGAAACAGGCUAGUGGGCUCUGUGAGGAUUACGAGGUUUCUGUCUACUGUGACUGUGGAGAAACAACACCAAAUCCACCCAUGGGAUCCACACCAGCACCCAGACCAGGUGAACCCCACCCCCCUGUUCCCUCAUGUGAAUGGUCACAAUGGAUGAACAGCCACAAGAGGGCACCAGGAGACAUUGACGAACGUGAGACUCUGAGCCAGUUACGUCUUCACUAUGAUUUCUGUGAAUUUCCAUCAAAGAUAGAAUGCCGCGAUGCCCAGACAGGACAGAUGUUUGACAAAACAGGAGACCUAGGGGUGACAUGUGACAUCAACCGGGGUCUCGUUUGCGAGGAUCUAUACCAGAAUUCUGCUGAGGGCUGUCGGGAUUACGAGGUCAGGGUGUACUGUACAGACGCGUGCCAGUCAACAAUUAAACCCACUGUCUCAUCUCUCUGUGGGGAAGGUUGGACAGACUGGAUAAACAAUGUACAUCCAUCAGCAGCUUCCCCUCUUGAUGUGGAAGUACCGAGAAGCAUCCCAGGAUUCCCAGCCACCUGUAAUGAGGUCAUUGCAGUUCGCUGCUCGGUCGCUGCCACAGGAUUGGAUUACAAGAGUAAAGGAGAGAAUGUUAUGUGUACAACUACUGGACUUAAGUGCACUCCAAAGCCAGGGGACACUUGUGAGGAUUACCAAGUGCAGUUCUAUUGUGCUUGUGCCCAACCUCCUGUUCCACAAACAGAUAUUUUUGGAAAUCCAAUACUCAUUCCUAAGACCGAUGCCUUUGGCUUCCCAGUCUUGCGCCCCAAGACUGAUGCUUUUGGACAACCUGUUACUGAUAAAGAUGGCCACACUUUCAUGGUUCCAGUUCCAGACAAUACAACUCAACCAACUCCAAAACCAGAAACUGAUGCCUUCCAUAAUCCAAUAAUGGUCCCAAAAACUGAUGUGUAUGGGCAUCCAGUCACUGACAAGAAUGGAAAUCCAGUCCUGGUUCCAAAACCAGACAACCAGGCCAUUCCAAGCACAGCUUCACCAGUCUCUGGUUCCCCGGAACCAGGAAAGAUUGUGUGUAACCCAGGCUGGACCUAUCCUAUGAAUGUGGACUCCCCCAGUACGGGAGAUGGGGACCUGGAAACUCUGGCCAAACUCCGAAGCAAAUUUUCGUUCUGUCAUGAAGAUGAUAUUGUGGCUGUCAGUUGCAAAGAGUUAUUAAGUGGCCGGUCCCCUGCCGAUCUUGGACAGAAGGUCACUUGUGAUAAGAAUGGUCUGACUUGUCUGAAUGCUGAUCAACCCAGCGGCAAAUGUCAUGACUAUCUGAUACAGUUCUACUGCAACUGCAAGCCCACCCCAGAUGUAAACAUGACGGUAUCCCCAAGUCCCACACAGCCCGGCCCAACCACACCCCCACUUAAACACGGCCAAGACAACUGUGACCAUGAGGUGGGCGUGGUAGAAUUCACCCCCGACCAGUUCCUGGCCUCCUCUUCCUUGGAUGUGGACCACGACGCCGACAAAGCACGACUUCGUAAAUCCACAGCUUGGGUGGCAAGGUACAAUGAUGAACAUGAAUUCAUCCAAGUCAACUUCCACAUGCCUACAGCAAUGACAGGUGUUCGUAUCCAAGGAGACCCAAAAUCCCAGUCCUGGGUCACAAAGUUCACUGUUAAAUUUAGUAACGAUGGUCAGAAAUGGACUCCUUAUUACCAGAGUUUCGCAGUGGCACCUAAGGUGUUCCAAGGAAGCAAGGAUAGUGACACUGUUGCUUCUGCAUUUUUCGAUCGGGAAGUCACAGCUCGAUACUUGCGCAUUGUUCCCCAAGAAUGGCACAACCGAAUAGCGAUGCGAUUUGAAGUCCUAGAAUGUCCCAAAACUACUGAAACACCAUCUGUGUCCACUAUGACCCCUUCAACAACACCAAAACGGGAGUGCUUGGACCCAAUGGGAAUUGAGAACAGUGCUAAGAUCUCAGAUAGUCAGCUGAUUGCCUCAUCCUCAAGGGAUUCCCUCUCUGGAGCCACUUCUGGUCGUCUCUUUAAUGACCUUGGGGCCUGGGUCCCACAGGAUGGUGGUCAGAAGAACUGGAUACAGGUUGAUUUUGGUUCCCCCCGGAAUAUCUCUGGAAUCCUCACCCAGGGAAGCCCAGGGGAGGAAAGAUGGGUCACAAAUUUCGCAGUAUCUUACAGUACCGAUGGACUUGACUUUUCUCUGGUCAAUGGACCAGAUGGCAAGGCAACCAUGUUUAAUGGAAAUGUGGACCAGAACUCAGUGGUGAAGAACAUGUUUGCAUCACAGAUCUACGCUCGGUUUAUACGGAUCGUUGUCAUAGAAUCCAGUCCAGCUGGAGCUGGGCUGAGGUUUAAUUUACUGGGCUGCUCCCCCGAGUCCUCAAAGACAACCACAGGGGCACCAAAGAUCUCUACAGUCACUCCCAAACCUGUGUCAACCAUUGAACCAAUCUGUAGUCAGUCCAUGGGAAUCGAGGAGGCCACAAGGAUCCCAGACAGACUUCUGACAGCAUCAUCAGAGAAAAAUGCAACAUAUGCUGCUACACAAGGUCGCAUCAAUACUGACCAUCUCUCCUGGAGACCACUGUCUACAGAUCAAACACCAUACAUUCAAGUAGACUUCUUGGAACCCAAACUUAUUACUGGCGUAAUAACUCGAGGAGAUGGAAUUACCAAUAACUGGGUCAAAACCUUUACAGUGUCAACAAGUAUUGAUGGAACCAACUUUUCUCCGUACAGUGAUGGAGGAAUUCCAGAGCCUAAAAUGUUCACUGGCAACAAUGACAAAAUCACGGCCGUCACAAACUUCUUCAACAGACAAGUUCUUGCCCAGUAUGUGCGUAUCUAUCCUAAGUCAGUGAAUGGAGAGGUUUCCUUACAGUUCAGUGUCCUGGGUUGUAAUCCUGCUCAGAAUCCAGGACCCACAACUCCAUCCCCCAUUGUUCCAGAAACAGACGAGUUUGGUAAUCCUAUUCUGAUCCCAAGGACCGAUGAGUAUGGACGUCCAAUGACAGACUUUUACGGCAAUACUAUCAUGGUUCCUAAACCUUACACCCAAGGCAAACCAACUCCUUCACCAGCAACAGAUGAACAGGGCCGCCCUAUCAUGGUGCCCAAAACUGAUUCUUAUGGAAAACCAAUAACUGAUGAACAAGGACACACAGUGAUGGUUCCACUACCUUAUGACCAGGCCACUCCCAAAGCUAUCCCAAAAACAGAUGCUCAAGGAAAUCCCAUCUUGGUUCCCAAGACAGAUUCCUAUGGAGUACCCAUGACUGAUGAAAAUGGGCAUACUAUCAUGGUGCCUUUGACUGAACCUGCAGAGAAACCCACUGUGGUGCCUGUAACUGAUGCUCAAGGCCGGCCCAUACUGGUACCCAAGACUGAUUCUUAUGGAAAACCCAUGACGGAUGAGCAUGGUAGCACUAUCAUGGUGCCUAUACCAUAUACACAUGGACCUCCAACACCAUCACCACAAACAGAUGAGUUUGGAAACCCAAUUCUGGUACCAAAGACUGACUCCUAUGGAAAGCCAAUGACAGAUGAGCAUGGUAAUACAAUCAUGGUGCCACUUCCUGCUUCUACAGCAAAACCCACUCCAGAACCAGUGACUGAUAAGCAGGGAAACCCUGUGUUAGUACCCAGAACAGACACUUAUGGAAGACCUGUUACAGAUGCUCAGGGGCACACCUCAAUGGUACCUCUCUAUGUCACGCAGAAAACACCUGUUCCUGUGCCAAAGACAGAUGAUUUUGGUAAUCCCAUCAUGAUCCCAAAAACAGACACCUAUGGAAAGCCUAUGACAGAUGACUUUGGGGAGACCAUCAUGGUGCCUGAUUACUACACCCAAGGUUUACCUACACCACGACCCCAGACAGAUGAAUUUGGAAUGCCAAUCCUUGUGCCAAAGACUGACACCUAUGGAAAACCAAUGACAGAUGAUUUCGGUAAUACUAUCAUGGUUCCUCUGCCUGAGGCUACAGAGAAGCCAACUCCCUCACCAAGAACUGAUAAGUUUGGAAAUCCAAUACUGGUUCCCAAAACAGAUGAGUAUGGAAGACCAUUCACAGACAAACAGGGACACACAGUGAUGAUCCCUCUAACUUAUCCCCAGAGUACACCAAUACCAAACCCAGUCACUGAUAGAUUUGGAAUACCAGUGUUAGUGCCAAGGACUGAUGAAUAUGGAAAACCAUACACUGAUAGGUUUGGGCACACAGAAAUGGUACCCAUACCUUAUUCACAAGGUCAGCCUACUCCCAAACCUAAAACUGAUGCUUUUGGAAACCCCAUCCUGGUGCCAAGGACAGAUGAAUAUGGAAAACCAUACACAGAUGAACACGGAAAUACUGAAAUGGUUCCAGUGCCAGAAAACCAGAAUACACCAACUCCUGUGCCUCUGACUGAUGAGCAGGGAAAUCCAAUUCUUGUUCCAAAGACAGACUCUUAUGGAAAGCCAAUGACAGAUGAACAUGGUAACACCAUUAUGGUACCCAAACCAGCCCCAACUGGAACUCCCACUCCAGUUCCACAAACAGAUGAACAUGGAAACCCAAUCCUGGUGCCCAAGACUGAUUCCUAUGGCAAACCCAUGACAGAUGAACAUGGUAAUACCAUCAUGGUGCCAUUGCCUGCCACACAAGGGGUGCCCACAGCUGAACCCUUGACUGAUAAAUUUGGAAAUCCUGUCCUGAGACCAAAGACAGAUUCCUAUGGCAAACCAAUGACGGAUGAACAUGGUAAUACAAUUAUGGUACCAGUUCCUGCCAAUCAUGGAAGUCCUACACCAGCACCCCAGACUGAUGCACAGGGCCGUCCUAUUUUGGUUCCAAAGACUGACUCCUAUGGCAAACCUAUGACAGAUGAGCAUGGAAAUACUAUCAUGGUGCCAUUGCCUGCAACACAAGGACAGCCCACUCCUGUACCAGAAACUGAUAAAUUUGGUAAUCCUAUUCUGGUGCCAAAGACUGAUUCUUAUGGCCAGCCCAUGACAGAUGAACAUGGUAAUACCAUAAUGGUACCUAAACCAGCAACACAUGCUACACCAACCCCAGUACCAGCCACUGAUGAACAUGGUAAUCCAAUCUUGGUCCCAAGAACUGAUUCUUAUGGCAAACCAAUGACAGAUGCAGAAGGAAGUACAAUUUUGGUCCCAUUGCCAGCAAAUGGCAGCACUCCAUUGGUUAUUCCAGAAACAGAUGAAUUUGGAAAUCCUAUCCUGAUUCCAAGAACUGAUGAGUAUGGCAAACCAUAUACGGACAGCCAGGGCAAAACUGUACUGGUUCCAAAACCAGCCACACCACAGAAACCUACACCUGAACCAGAGACUGAUAAAUUUGGUAACCCUGUUUUAAUACCUAGGACUGACGAAUAUGGAAAGCCUUAUACAGAUGAGUAUGGCAGAACACAAUGGGUGCCUAAACCAGCCACACAUGGUCUCCCCACUCCAGCACCAGAAACUGAUAAAUUUGGAAACCCAAUCCUUGUCCCAAGAACAGAUAGUUAUGGAAGUACAUACACUGAUGAGAAUGGCAAUACAGAAAUGGUUCCAAAACCAGCUUAUCAGGGAACACCGACUCCGGCACCAGAAACCGACCAGUUUGGACAACCCAUUCUGAUUCCAAAAACUGAUGAGUAUGGCAGGCCCUACACAGAUGAACAUGGAAACACAGUUAUGGUUCCCAAACCAGGUACUUUCGGAGCUCCCACUGUGGUACCAAUGACUGAUGAGUUUGGACAACCAAUCCUGGUUCCUAAGACAGAUGAAUAUGGUAGACCGUACACAGACAGGUUUGGCUCUACAACAAUGAUACCACUGGUGCCUGUUCCCCAAGGUGUUCCAACCAGGGUACCAAGAGUGUGCCUGUCCUACAUGGGAGUGGAUGAUAGAUACGUCAUUAAGAACAGUCAGAUGACUGCCUCCUCCUACAGUGGAACCAACACACCAGACCAAGGUCGUCUCUAUGGUGACUUCUCUUGGCAACCAAGAUCAAAUGACACAUCACCUUGGAUUCAGGUUGACCUUGGAAAAUUGUCUUUGAUAUCUGGGGUAGAAACCCAAGGAGACACGAUCAACAGAAAGUUUGUCAAGACCUACACAAUUUACACCAGCAUUGAUGGGAAGACCUUCACCCCCUACUCUGACAUCCCUGGGGCAGGAAUUCCUAAAGUGUUCUCUGGGAACAAGGAUGGGGAUACCCCAAUGAGGAGCUUAUUCAACAGAAAUAUCACGGCUCAGUACAUCAGAAUUUACCCACAAUCCACUUCUGCAGCUGGAGCAGCAAUGAGGCUGAAUAUUCUGGGAUGUAAUCCUACAGCACCUGUGAAACCUACUCCCACUGGAACAGCUACACCAGUUUGUGAUGUCAAGAUGGGUCUGUCCAAUGGACUCAUAGUCUCUAAAGCUCAGUUCAAAGCAUCCAGCGUGUUGGACGGUUUCCAUGGGCCAGAGCGUGCCAGAUUAUAUGGCCACAGGGAUGGUAGCUUCACCGGGGGCUGGACACCAAGUGUGAACAAUAAUCGCCAAUGGAUUCAGGUUGACCUACUUUCAAAUGAAGAGGUAUAUGGUGUGAUAACCCAGGGCCGUUCUGACCUCCCCUACUGGGUUACUGAGUACCAGGUGUACUACAGCACAGACGGACGAUCAUUCCAACCCAUAACUUCCAGCCCAGGGGACAAAACGCCCCAGACCUUCAAUGGAAACAUGGACAACCAUAAUCUAGUCACCAACGUCUUUAACCAGAAAAUAGUGGCACGAUUCAUCAGAAUUGUUCCUCUGAAGUGGAGAGAGGCAAUUGGUCUGAGGUUUGAACUGGUCGGCUGUAAACAGCUCACUCCUUCACCUCUUGUCACCGUCCCUCCCUCCUCAUCAACAACUGCUGGUCAGGGCCCCCUCACUUGCAUGUACUGGACACCGUGGGUCAACACCAAUACCCCCGAUGCUACCGGCGAUUAUGAGACCAUAAUGCACCUGAAUUCACUUGUGCGAUCAUGUAACUUGACAGACAUGAAGGCCAUCGAGUGCCGUGCCGUAGGAACCAAAAAGUCGUGGGAUGAGGCGGGUGAUGUGGAUGUUAAGUGUGAUCUUGUUACACAAGGUCUUCUGUGCUUUAACAAGGUGCAGAGGAGUACACAGUGUCAGGACUAUGAGAUCAGGGUGUUCUGUGAUGAAUGUCCAGCCACUACAGGUGUGUCACAGCCAGUGACUACACCUGCUCCUGGUGGAUCCACUCCCAGCCCCGGCGUGUCCACUCAAUCAACUGUAACCCCUAAAUCAACAACGAAAGAACAAUGUCAAAACAAGACUUUCUGGUCAUCCUGGAUCAACAAGCAGAGCCCAGGCAAUGGUGGGGAGGUGGAAAAAAUGACUGCCUCAGAAAAAAAGAAUUUCUGUCCAAAUGGUAUAAUUAACGGUGUAGAGUGCGAGACAGUGGAUGGGCAGCCAUGGUUUGACACCAAUCAGAUUCUAACCUGUGACGUCAGAGAUGGACUGAACUGUGAUAAUAGCAUUAACUUCGGAGAUAUGUGUAAAGACUACAGGAUUCGUUACCAGUGUCAAGUGAUUUGUAAUGAAACCACUACAACUACUAGCACCACUUCUACCACCACCAGUACCCCCACAACAAGCCCCACCCAGUCUACCAGCACUCUACCCACCACCACCAAGUGUGUGGAGCAGGAUAAGGUGUCCCCUUGGAUCAACAGAGACAAGCCUUAUAUUGGAGAUGGAGACAAAGAGGCCAUGACUGGAGCAGAACUUGCCAGGUUCUGUCCUGCGGAGCUUGGCAGCUACAUUAAGAAGGUGGAGUGCGUGGCAGUGGAUGGUAUGAUUCCUAGCUACAGUACGGGAGACAAGAUGAUCUGUGAUAAGGACCUCGGCUCAGUUUGUCUGAAUAGCGACAACUUCCCCGUACAGUGCCAGGACUACAUGAUCAGAUACACUUGUCACCAAGCAUGCUUGCCAACCAAACCUGCAUACCAUGGUAUGUAUGUACCAGUGACGGACCAGUUUGGAAAUCCUAUCUUGGUUCCCAGGACUGAUGCCUACCACCACCCCUAUACAGAUGAGCAUGGUAGAACCCAGAUGAUACCCAUAGGUUACAUUCAUGUAACCCCAACACCAGCACCUGUCACAGAUGAGCAAGGAAACCCCAUCCUUGUCCCCAAAACUGACUCGUAUGGCAAACCCAUGACAGAUGAACAUGGUAAUACCAUCAUGGUGCCACUUCCAGCCACUCAAGGACAGCCAACACCUGCACCACAAACUGAUGAACACGGAAAUCCUAUUUUGGUACCAAAGACCGACUCUUAUGGUAAACCAAUGACAGAUGAGCAUGGUAAUACAAUCAUGGUGCCAUUACCUGCCACACAAGGUUUGCCUACCCCCAGUCCUCAGACAGAUAAAUACGGAAAUCCAAUCUUGGUGCCAAAGACUGAUGAAUAUGGCAAGCCAUACACUGAUGCUCAGGGACACACAGUGAUGGUUCCUUUGCCACAAACCCAGGAAAAACCAACACCAGUACCAGUGACUGACAAAUUUGGUAAACCUGUGCUGGUCCCAAGGACUGAUGAAUAUGGUAGACCUUAUACAAAUGUAUAUGGUGAAACUGAAAUGGUUCCAAUACCGUUUAAUCAAAACACACCCACUCCAGCUCCUCAAACAGAUGAAAAUGGAAACCCAAUAUUGGUGCCAAAGACAGACAGUUAUGGAAAACCAAUGACAGAUGAGCAGGGCCACACAAUAAUGGUUCCAUUGCCCGAGUAUCAGGGAACACCAACUCCAGCACCACAAACUGAUGAACAUGGAAACCCAAUCUUGGUUCCAAAGACUGACUCAUAUGGUAAACCAAUGACAGAUGAAAACGGAAAAACCAUUAUGGUACCUUUACCAGACAUUCAUGGUCUGCCAACUCCUUCGCCAGAAACUGACAAGUUUGGUAAUCCAAUACUGGUUCCCAGAACUGAUGAGUAUGGUCGACCAUACACAGAUAAGCAUGGUAACACAGAGAUGGUACCUGUUCCAGUAACACAUAGUCGGCCAACUCCAUCUCCCCAAACUGAUGCCCAAGGGAACCCCAUACUGGUGCCUAGGACUGAUGAAUAUGGCAAACCAUACACUGAUGAACAUGGUAACACCCAAAUGGUGCCACUUCCUUAUGUACAAGGCACACCAACACCAGCACCAGAGACAGAUAAAUUUGGAAAACCUAUAUUGGUACCAAAAACCGAUGAAUAUGGAAAACCGUAUACUGAUGAACAUGGUAAUACAGUGAUGGUGCCAGUACCAUAUACACAGAGUUCUCCAACGCCAGCACCUGCUACAGAUGAACAUGGUAAUCCAAUUAUGGUACCGAAAACAGAUUCAUAUGGUAAACCAAUGACAGAUGAAAAUGGAAAAACCAUUAUGGUACCUCUACCAGCCACUCAUGGUCUGCCAACUCCUGCACCAGAAACUGACAAGUUUGGUAAUCCAAUACUGGUUCCUAGAACUGAUGAAUAUGGUAGACCAUACACAGAUAAGCAUGGUAACACAGAGAUGGUACCUGUCCCAGCAACACAUGGUCAGCCAACUCCAUCUCCCCAGACUGAUGCUCAAGGGAACCCCAUACUGGUGCCUAGGACUGAUGAAUAUGGCAAACCAUACACUGAUGAACAUGGUAACACCCAAAUGGUGCCACUUCCUUAUGUACAAGGCACACCAACACCAGCACCAGAGACAGAUAAAUUUGGAAAACCUAUAUUGGUACCCAAAACAGAUGAAUAUGGAAAACCAUAUACAGAUGAGCAUGGUAACACAGUGAUGGUGCCAGUACCAUAUACACAGAGUUCUCCAACGCCAGCACCUGCCACAGAUGAACAUGGUAAUCCAAUCUUCGUACCCAAAACAGAUUCAUAUGGUAAACCAAUGACAGACGAGCAAGGUCACACCAUUAUGGUGCCAUUGCCAUCAGAGCAGUAUGUUCCAACUGUAGCACCACAGACUGAUGAACAUGGUAAUCCAAUCAUGGUACCUAAGACGGAUUCUUAUGGCAAGCCGAUGACAGAUGCUCAGGGUCAUACAAUCAUGGUGCCUCUACCAGGAAAACAACAGAGUCCAACACCAGCCCCCCAGACAGAUGCACAUGGAAACCCAAUACUAGUGCCUAAGACAGAUGAAUAUGGUAAACCAUACACUGAUGAACAUGGUAACACAGUAAUGGUACCAGUACCAGCCACACAUGGUCAGCCAACUCCAUCGCCACAGACAGACAAAUUUGGAAAACCCAUAUUGGUACCUAAGACAGAUGAAUAUGGAAAACCAUACACUGAUGAACAUGGAAAUACAGUGAUGGUACCAUUGGCUUAUUUGCAGAGUUCUCCAACACCAGCACCAGCCACAGAUGAACAUGGUAAUCCAAUUCUGGUACCAAAGACAGAUUCAUAUGGUAAACCAAUGACAGAUGAGCAGGGUCACACCAUUAUGGUGCCACUGCCAUCUGAGCAGUAUGUCCCAACUGUGGCACCACAAACUGAUGAACAUGGUAAUCCAAUCAUGGUACCUAAGACUGAUUCUUAUGGCAAGCCAAUGACAGAUGCUCAGGGUCAUACAAUCAUGGUACCACUGCCAGGAACACAACAGACCCCUGUGCCUGUGCCACAGACAGACAAACAAGGAAAUCCAGUUCUGGUGCCCAAGACUGAUGAAUAUGGUAGACCCUACACAGAUGAACAUGGCAGCACUGUGUUGAUCCCUGUACCAUACACACAAGGCAAACCAACUCCAUCACCACAAACUGAUGAGUUUGGAAGACCAAUACUGAUACCUAAGACUGAUGAAUAUGGUAAAAUCUUUACAGAUGUUUUUGGACAGACAGUGAUGGUACCACUGCCUGAGGGACAAAGUAGGCCAACCCCUGCUCCAGUAACUGACAAACAAGGUCGACCUGUUUUGGUACCCAAAACCGACUCCUAUGGAAAACCAAUGACAGAUGAACAUGGUAAUACAAUAAUGGUUCCCCAGCCAUAUACUCAAGGUUUGCCAACGCCUGCCCCACAGACAGAUGAGCAUGGAAAUCCUAUCAUGGUACCAAAGACUGAUUCCUAUGGUAAACCCAUGACUGAUGAACAUGGUAAUACCAUUAUGGUGCCACUUCCAGCCACUCAAGGACUGCCAACUCCAGCACCACAAACAGAUGAACACGGAAAUCCAAUUUUGGUACCAAAGACCGAUUCUUAUGGUAAACCAAUGACAGAUGAGCAUGGUAAUACAAUCAUGGUGCCUUUACCUGCCACACAAGGUUUACCUACCCCCAGUCCUCAGACAGAUAGGUUUGGAAAUCCUAUCUUUAUUCAUAAAACAGACUCUUAUAACAAACCAAUGACAGAUAAAUUUGGAAGCACCAUU